UCGAAUUUUUUUUAAAAAAAAGAAGAAAAAGAAAUUCAAUCAAUCUCUACAGAGCACAAAAAGACCAGAAAACCGAUGGCAAGAAGAUCAAUUCCGAUCCUAAAGAAACUGCUGUCGUCAUCAAAUAAUGAAUCAACAUGUUCCAGACUUGUUUCUCGGCGAUCCGUGACCUACAUGCCACGACCGGGAGACGGUGCGCCGAGGGGUGUAACCCUAAUCCCAGGGGACGGAAUCGGACCCCUAGUAACGGGCGCGGUUGAGCAAGUAAUGGAAGCGAUGCACGCACCAGUGUAUUUCGAGAGAUACGAAGUACACGGAGACAUGAAAAAAGUGCCAGCGGAGGUGAUAGAGUCGAUAAAGAAGAAUAAGGUGUGUCUGAAAGGAGGAUUAGCAACACCGAUGGGAGGAGGAGUGAGUUCGUUGAAUGUGCAGCUAAGGAAGGAGCUUGAUUUGUACGCUUCGCUUGUGAAUUGUUUCAAUUUACCAGGAUUGCCAACUAGACAUGAAAAUGUUGAUAUUGUUGUUAUUAGAGAGAACACUGAAGGUGAAUAUUCAGGUCUUGAACAUGAAGUUGUCCCUGGUGUUGUCGAAAGCCUUAAGGUGAUAACAAAGUUCUGUUCAGAGCGUAUUGCGAAAUAUGCUUUUGAGUAUGCAUACCUGAACAAUAGGAAGAAAGUGACUGCUGUUCACAAAGCAAAUAUCAUGAAGCUUGCUGAUGGCCUCUUCUUGGAAUCUUGUCGGGAGGUUGCUACAAAAUAUCCUGGUAUCAAGUAUAAUGAAAUUAUUGUGGAUAACUGCUGCAUGCAACUUGUUUCAAAGCCAGAGCAGUUUGAUGUCAUGGUGACACCUAACCUUUAUGGCAAUUUAGUUGCAAAUACAGCUGCAGGUAUUGCUGGUGGUACAGGAGUCAUGCCAGGAGGUAAUGUCGGGGCUGAUCAUGCUAUAUUUGAGCAAGGUGCCUCAGCAGGAAAUGUGGGCAAUGAGAAAAUAGUGGAACAGAAGAAAGCAAAUCCAGUGGCACUGCUUCUCUCAUCUGCUAUGAUGCUCAGACAUCUACAGUUCCCUUCAUUUGCUGAUCGAUUGGAAACUGCAGUGGAACGGGUAAUUUCAGAGGGCAAGUACCGGACAAAGGACCUAGGAGGAGACAGCAGCACCCAAGAGGUUGUAGAUGCAGUCAUAGCUGCUCUAGACUGAUCCGGUAGAUACUCCUUUAGCUGCUGAUUUUACUAAACAUCUGCCGAUCCAAGGGAAGUUUGAUCUUCCCAUAUUCUUUAUUUGAUACUUGGUUUCCAACAAUUUUCCUUUGUUGCCCGGCACCACUAAAGUUCUCUUACUUUCUGUUUUUGUUUAAAUAAUCUCAAAUGGAGAUGAUAAAUUGCCAUUGUUAAUUGAGUUAAAUACCUGUACAGGGAAGAGGUCAUUUGCUGCAAUCCUUAAGAUAUUAAAUUUGAUAAACAAGGCAAUGUUCGAGGGAA